UUUGAAGAUGAAGAAGAGGUGAGGCGCUCGCGUAUGAGCUGUUGACUCCAAUGGUUGUGAAACCGAAAUAUUUUCGCAUUGGAUGUAGUCAACCAGGCGGUGCCACUGUCCUGUUGACCAUAGCAGUGUAGUUUGGUUAAAGACAGCAGUCUCAUUUUCACGAAGGUUUUACAGCUUCAGCUACGAUGACCGAAUUUUUCAGAUUGCUGGACAGCGAUGUUAUCGGUUUCGAUUUAGACCAUACGCUUUGCCGAUACCAUCUGAAGGAGACCUCCAAGCUGAUCUACGAGAGCUUUGCCAGGUAUUUAGUGGAACAUAAAGGCUACGAUAAGGACUUGUUAAACCUAACACCUGCGACCUGGGAUUUUUGUUUUAAGGGCUUAGUGGUGGACCUUGAAGAUGGGAACUUAGUGAAGCUUGCUGAAGAUGGAACAGUCUUGAGAGCAACACAUGGAACUACGGAUCUGAGCACGGAAGAGAUCAUCAAACAUUAUGGUCCAAAAAGGGAAUGGAAGCACUUUAACAGCCUCAAUACCUCUUUUGCAAGAUCUGCGAAAUACUAUUUAUAUGACAACUACUUUGAUCUACCUGGUGCUCUCCUCUGCGGAAGAAUUGUGGACAUGUUGCACAAGUGGGGCAAUGAAGUGAAUUCCGAUUUUUGGAAAGACAUGGUCGCUGCCAUUGACCACAAUUACAACACAUCGGCAUUUCGAGAAGAUGCAGGGACUUAUUUUCCCAAUGUUAAGAGGGACCCUGGCCGUUACUUGCAGACCUGUUCUGAGUCCGUCAAGUCUUGGCUACGCAGCAUGAAGAACGCAGGGAAAAUCCUUCUUCUCAUUACCAGCUCCCACAGUGACUACUGCAGGCUCAUCUGUGAACACAUCCUUGGGAAGGACUUCGAGGAGCUUUUUGAUGUCAUCAUCACAAAUGCCCUCAAGCCCGGUUUCUUCUCCUUAAAACCGCAACAGAGAUCCUUCAAAAACCUUGUGAAUGAUGUGGAGGAAAGUGAGGAUAUGCCAUCAUUGGACAAACCCGGUUGGUACUCCCAAGGCAACUGGAUGCACCUCCAUGAACUGCUGAAGACCAUGACUGGAAAACCAGAGCCCAAGGUUGUGUAUUUUGGAGAUAGCAUGAGGUCGGACAUGUUUCCUGCUAGCAGCUUUGGAAAGUGGGAAACAGUGAUGAUUGUGGAGGAAAUGGAGGGGGAGGGUGUCCCCAAGAGUGAUGCAGCAAAAUCAAAUGAGGCCCAAGUGGAGCCACAGGAGAAAAAGGGAAAAUUUGAGGAAAGCAUGAAGUCACCUUCCACGAUGUCUAACCAGUGGGGUUCCUACUUUGUUGAUGUACAUAAAAGUGGUGGAGAAGACGAGGAGAUCCAGAAACUGACCUGGUGCUGUCACUGCAUUCACAAAUACAGCACCAUGGCCAUUCCUAGUGUUGAGCACAUAGCAAAUCUCCCUCUGGAUUACAAGUUUCCCAGGUUUUCUCCAGAUAAACCAUGCACAAAUGGAUACUUUCCGAGGCCCCCGGAUUCUUUGCUCAAGCGAUGCAAAAUUCUGACCUGAAAAGCAAAAAAAA